AUGGCGACGAGGAAUCGAACGACGGUGUACAGGAAACACAGGGAUGCGUGCAAGAGCGCUCGUGCUCCUUUAUCUGAUUCUUUCGGUGGUCCGGUGAUCGAAAUGGUUAGCGGUUCGUUUACUCGGUCCAAUCACGCCUCUUAUGCUCCUUUGAAUUCCAAUGAUCCUGGUCCCUCGAGUAAUGAUGCAUUCACAAUUGGUCUACCACCAGCUUGGGUAGAUGAUUCUGAGGAGAUAACUUAUAAUAUACAGAAAGUGCGAGAUAAAAUGAGUGAAUUAGCAAAGGCUCAUUCGAAGGCUUUAAUGCCUACAUUUGGAGAUAACAAAGGGAAUCAACGUGUAGUUGAGAUGCUUACUCAUGAAAUCACGGAUUUGUUGAGGAAGUCAGAGAAGAGAUUGCAGAAGUUAUCUUCUACUAGAGGGCUUUCAGAAGAAUCAAAUCUCAGGAAAAAUGUGCAGCGUUCUCUUGCAACAGAUCUUCAGGACCUCUCCAUGGAGCUACGGAGAAAACAAUCUACUUAUUUGAAACGUCGUCAGCAUCAGAAAGAGGGUCAGGAUGAAGUAGAUUUGGAGUUUAACCUGAAUGGAAAGACGUCGCGACUGGAUGAAGAAGAUGAACUUGGUAGGAUGGGUUUCCAUGAACACCAGACGAUCAAGUUGAAGAAAGGGCAACAUGUCUCAGAGGAAAGGGAAAGAGAGAUACAGCAGGUAUUAGGGUCUGUGAAUGACCUUGCACAGAUAAUGAAGGACAUAUCAGCUCUUGUGAUUGACCAGGGCACAAUAGUUGAUCGGAUAGACUACAAUAUCCAAAACGUUUCUACAUCCGUCGAGGAAGGCUAUAAACAACUACAAAAGGCGGAGAGAACACAAAGAGAAGGAGCAAUGGUGAAAUGUGCGACGAUACUCCUUAUACUUUGCUUCAUAAUGAUUGUCCUUUUAGUCCUCAAGAAUCUAUUGUUUUAG